GAUGCGCAUGAGUCAGUGACGGUUAGCGCGCCGGCGCGUGCGCAGAACCGCGCCCAAUUUGAAACACGAAAAAACCUAUGUGGUGUGCAGUGAUUGGUGGCAGUGAUUAAUAUGUGAUUUCAUUUAACUUCAUUCUCGUUACAUUGAUAUCUUCACCACAUGGCUCGAACGAACGAAUAAUUCCAUAAGUAGUCAAUAUUAAGUUCCUAGCUAGGAUAAGAUAGUAUAAAAUGUACAGCUCAAACGAAUUCCUGCACAGCGCAGGCGUGAGUCGUCACAUGCAAGCAACUGGUGAAACGCCGACCCAGAAGACGAGCAUGAAACGACGUUCGUGUGAAGUGCCUUUAGGUGACAUUUCUUCUAACAAUUUCAAGGUGUCCCUUGGUGAUAUAACGAACGAUGGUCCAAACUACGAUUGUAGGUCGCUGCGAUCCACCAAAUCUGAAGACACACGAUCGCUUAGAUCUUAUAGGCCCAUCGAUAGUCGUAGUGUAAAGAACUUUAGAUCGUCUUUGGCUGAUAUUACAUCCUAUUCUCUAUCUCGUCCACCGAGCUACGAUCAGUUAUCCCGUAGAUCUGUGGUGGAAGGUAACGAUGGGAUAACAUCGAGUAUUGAAGGUGUGCUCUGGUCGGAUGAAGAGGAAAACGAGUACUUCUAUCAAGAAAACAUCACUACCGCAUGGAAUCAAGACUUGGCCGCUUUACGACAACUUCUGGAGAGCGAAACGGGAGGCACAACCUGUCCGAGUUGUAACAUGCCCUUUGAUAAGGGUAAAAAGAGAAAGUUAAUUGACACAUGCGGACAUGAGCGUUGCUAUUCCUGUAUGUUCAGAAACGAAGCCUGCCCAAUUUGUGCAAGAAAAAGUCAGGGAAGACGUCCAGUUAUGGAGAGAUAUACCCCUUCUCCACAGCGACAAGUGGAUCAUGAAUGGCAAUCACCGAUGCGACUACCGAAACCACCGAAGCCUUCGAGUCUCGCUCAAAGCUGCCCCACACCCCCUCAUACGAGAAGAAGAUUCUUCCUUAGUCCUAAAUCCUUGCGCAGUCCAUUCGGCCAGCGAAGCCGCCAUUCUCACGAAAACCACGUGCCUCUAUCAGGGUUACCAGAAGAAGGUCCUAGGAACGCAGCCUGGACGAGCUUGGUGUUUAAUAAGAUAAGAUCGUUGUGGUCAGCGCAGUCCUCAGUGCCUCAAGGACUCAACCAAUUGACAGAUGACGAAGGAGGUCAUAUCAAACAAGGUUACGAGACAAGACGUCAAAAUGACUUGUACAUGCGGUUGGGAUUACUUCUUGGAGAGCGACGUGGAUCCAGGAACAAAUCCCGGGACAGUUGCACAUCUCUGGCCUCAUUGGACGCUCAUACUCUAGCCUCUCACAAUACCAGUCCAGUGUCAACAUUAACUGGAUCGUCAGAAGUGGAUGCUGCGACACCACUUGGUAGGGAUUCUUUAGGAUCACUAGCCUCAAUGUCACUCUCUGCCGCCAGCAAUUGUUCAUCAUCAAGUCCAGGGAGCAGACGGCAUUCUGUUAACACCUUGCAAAAUGGACGAGAAGAAUUGACACGGAUGUCAAGUGGAUUCUUUAAGAACAGAAAAACAGCAGCACGGAGAUCAGCUCGUGUCAACAGCAAACAGUCGUCAUCUUCGUCAGAAAUAAAGAAAGUUCAUCCAACUCCGCAACUGACAUUGAGACCACUAUUCUUCGAAGUGCCGGCAACCAAUAACGACACUUGCUUUUCUGGACGACACUGGCUUAUGAGAGACAUGGAAAAAGCUUUGGAAUCUUCUUCACCUGGUAUAAUGAUAUCAGGCUGUCCAGGUACAGGCAAAACUGCUUUAAUACUUCAGCUGGUCGAAUAUUCAUGUUUCGGCCGCAAAAGGAAUUAUCAGUAUCAAGAAUUACGAGAGCAGUCAGAUAUUAGAGAAAUGCUGCCAGAAGAAAUAGCAGCAGGCAUGAUCACACAACUAGCAUCACAAGUUGUUGCUUAUCAUUUCUGCCAAGCAGACAACAACAGCACUUGCCUUGUUGGCGAAUUUGUACAUUCCCUGGCCGCCCAACUAUGUCAAGCACCAAGACUACAGGCAUAUAGAGAAUACUUACUUAGCGAACCACAUUUGCUGUCCUGCCUUUCAUUAAAAGAAUGUAUAGCCGAUCCAGACUUAGCCUUUAUGAGAGGCAUUAUAGAACCUCUUAUAAUAUUAAGAAGAAAUGGAAGUAUAGAUUCAAGUAAUAGUAUUAUACUUGUUGAUGGGCUCUGUGAAGCUGAAUAUCACCGACCCGAUCACGGUUAUACUGUCGCUUCAUUUCUUAUAAGACAUGUACCAGAAAUGCCAGCAUGGCUUAAAGUUGUAGCCACCAUAAGAAGUCAAUUUCUGGAACUAACAAAGCAACUACCAUACACAAGGUUCAGUCUAAAUGAAUGUGACAAUGUCCAAAAAGAUUUAUUGGAAUAUUUUAAUGCUAGGGUACAAGCAGCCCCAAUUAUAGAAACAAAUAUUAAAAGUUCCACGGGGAAAUCCGAAGGAGUUCAUAAUUCUGUCCUGAAGUUUGCCCAAUAUGUUAUUCAUCUCAGUCAAGGGUCAUUCCUGUUUCUAAAAUUAAUUUUAGACCUUCUUGAACGCAGUCAUAUAGUCGUAAAGUCGACUAACUACAAAGUUGUGCCAAUUUCGUUAGCUCAAAUAUUUUUGCUGCAAUUCAAUUUAAGAUUCCCCACGGUACAAUCUUUUGAAAAAGUAACCCACAUUUUAAGUGUUUGUCUAGCAGCACUGUAUCCUCUCACCUUGGUAGAGAUUUAUUACUCUGUAAAUUCUCUUCUUGUCGACACUUACUUGCCGUGGGAAGAAUUUUGUCACAGAUUUGAAAGCCUAUCCGAUUUCUUGGUGAAAAGAAUCGAUAAUACUUACAUGUUCUUCCACCCAUCAUUCAGAGAAUGGUUAAUACGACGCGAUGAUAAUGAGAGUCCAAAAUUUCUAUGUGACCUGCGGGCUGGUCACUGCGGUAUUGCUUUUAGACUUGCUAGAGUGCAAGCGCCUCUAGACCCAGAAAAGUCUAUGGAACUCGGACACCACAUUUUAAAAGCUCAUAUGUACAGAAAUAUGGGACCAGCACAGUUAGGACUAUGUCCGAGAGAUUUACAAGCAAUGAUGGUAGCGUCGAGCUCUUCGAAUGUAGGCGAAGCAGUAGCUAAUUUACGUAACGUAUAUACUCCAAAUGUAAAAGUAUCGCGUCUCAUGCUGCUGGCUGGUGGAUCACCUAAUCAAAUUACUGAUUGUCUUGGAAAUGCUCCUCUAUUAUGUAUGUAUGCAUAUCAAGGAAUUAUAUCAAUGGUUGGAUUACUGAUUGAAUUUGGAGCUGAUUUAGAAAUGACAAACUCGCAAGGAUGUUCAGCUUUAUCAUUAGCUUGUCAGAGAGGUCACACCGAUGUUGCCAGGAUGUUGAUAGCAUCAGGCGCAUCUUUAAGUCACACUGAUACAGCCGAACAAACACCUCUCGUCCACGCAGCAAAGAAUGGUCAUAGAGAUACAGUAAUUUACCUACUGGGUUGUCAAACUGGUAAAGACGAUCGAAACUCAAUAGAAAUAGACGAAGGCAACAUUGAACAACUAGUUCCCGGAUCAAGACAUGCUCUGAUAGCGGCAGCUCAAAACGGUCAUUUGGAUAUUGUCGAGUAUCUUCUAGAUACAGCUGAAUUAAUCCCCGACGGUAUUUGUCCAGUAACAGGUGAGACAGCACUGACAGCUGCUUGCUCUACUGGUAACGCUGCCAUCGCUGAUGCUCUGCUGAUUCGCGGAGCUACGCCAUACUCAUUAAAUGCCAGACAAAUGUCACCUUUGGCCCUAGCAGCUAAAAAUGGCAGAACAGCAUUAGUUUUACGACUCCUGGAUUCUGGAGCUGAUGUUAUGGGGUCGAGUGGGAAAAUACCAUUAAUUUUAGCAGCUGCGGAGGGUCAUUCAGAUGUUGUUGAAAUGCUUUUAGGUCAUGGAGCUGAUCCCAAUGCUGUGGAUGGUGAUGGCAUAUCUGCUUUAGGUUGGGCAAGUCUGAGAUCUAGAAUACCCACAGUAGUAAUGCUUUUAGACAAAGGAGCAAAUAUAGAGCAAGCUGACAGUAGCGGCCGUACACCGUUAGGACUAGCUUGCGGUGGACCUGCGGAGUUAGCGGAACUUCUUUUAGAACGUGGCGCAUCACUAGAACGUGGAGACCACAGCGGCUUACGACCAUUAGAUCGCGCCAUCGGACAGAGGAAUGUACCGAUCGUAAAUUGCUUUCUACGGAAAGGAGCGAAACUCGGUCCAACGACAUGGGUAAUGGCGUCAGGAAAACCAGAAUUUAUGCUCAUCCUACUUAACAAACUUCUGGAAGACGGUAACAUUUUAUACCGCAAGAACAGACCGUCUGAAGCUGCUCAUAGAUAUCAAUACGCCCUCAAGAAGAUCUCUCCCCUCAUCAGCGAUGACGUCACCAACGCCCAGGAACACUUGAACGUUUUCGUGCAGCUUAAAACCAAUCUGCUGCUAAAUUUAUCGAGAUGCAAACGAAAACUUAAUGAACCAUCGGAGGCUUUGGAUUUAGCCGCCCGCGCGUCCGUGUUACGUCCGAACGCUUUCGAAUGUUCCUACGCCAUGGCGAGAGCGAUACUUGCUCUGAACAAACCAUCAGAUGCUCUUCCUCAUGCUAGACGAGCUUUACUCCUCGCUCCACAGACAGAUCUAUCAGCCAUGAGAACCUUGAAAGCCCUUCAACAAGAAAUUCUGACGCGUAUUAAUGCCGGUACACAAAGUUUAAACGGUGACACACGAUCUUUAAGAAAUUUUGACAGCAUUAGUCUUAACAUGCCUUAAAUCAUUGUUAACUCUGUUUGUUGUUUAUAGUAUUACUGCAUGCUAUAUGCAUAUAUUAUAUAUUGUGAACUAUAGAUGAUUUAUACAAAUUACUAUAUUAAUAUUGAACUAAGUUCAAGAUUAUCUGUUACUACAACAAAAAAAAACAGCAAGUUUUUGCUAUUAUGAAUAUAAUUAUAUACAUUUAAGAUCAAUUGUCUUGAUAUUGGCUUUAUGUUCCUGUAUUUAAUAAUCGCGUCAACUGUUUCGUUGUGUCUAUCCGUGGCCUUAUUAUGACUAUUGUUUUCAACGAAACUACUUAAAUUUUCAUAAUUAUUUAUAGCUUUAGUUACUUAACGUGGAAGAUUAAGAUUUUUUAAUAAGUAUUAUUGAAAACUUGGAAAAAAAAAUCAUUUUUUCAAGGUGUUCGUUACUUGUGUGUCAUGCCAGAUCAGAGGUUGACAAAAUGGUGGAUCAAAACGUUUUAAAAAUGUCGUAUUCUUUUAUAUCUUAUUUGUUUUGUGUAAAUGUAUGGUCUUAUUAUAAGUAGAAAGUUCGGUUAGUGCGUAAAUGGUUGUUUGAUUUUAUAAUUUCAUCAACGCUUAGAUUUAAUAAGCCAUGUAUACACAUAUCUUGUGGUCCACAAUUUGUAAAUAAUUAUAUUUCUUUGUACUCCUGUAAAGAUCACUCACUCGAAUAUAUAUCGCUUGCCAUUUAUAAUGCAUUCUUCAUAAUUUUGCCAUAUAAUCUAAAUUAUUGCAAUUUUGUUAUUGUUUUUUUUUUUUUGAGUUAAACUCAUUUUUGCCCAUUCUCUUGCUAAUUUUAUUUAUUACAGUAAGACUAAAGUUUAAUGAAAACGUAUAAGUGUGGUUUUAAAGUUUAGCGUGUUUUAAUUAUUUAUUGAUUUGUCGAAAUUUAAAUUUAAAAAAAAAAUCAUUGUAUACUCUCUAAUAUUCGACCAUAAAAACUAAAUAUUGCGUGUUUAUUGCAAAAGAUUUGAAAGAUUAUAAAAGACUGAAUGCAACACACAUAUAUUUAAAAAUGUUUUUGUAAUAUAAUUUUAAGUAAUAUAAUAGUUUCUGUGACAGUAUAAUUAAUAUAAAUACACAUUUUGCUUCAAAAA